UUAUAUUCAGGACAACUAUUGAAGGGCCGCUAAUAUAAUAUAGGACUGAAUAACAGUUUCCAAACAUAAGAAGGUCAUAUUGGCUGAAUGUACUGUUUUCCAAAUUCUAAGAACUCUGAUGUUGACGUCGACAUUGUAGCUUAAGCUAUACAAAAUCUCAAGCUCUCUCUACGCGCUGCAUUCUAUGAAGGGAUUAGUUGAUUAUCUGCUGUCCGUGUAAGCUAUCGGGGGAGAGAGACGAAGGCGGGUGUGCCCGAGCUGUAGACGUCUGUUCCAAUGUUAUUGGCGGAGCAUAAGAUACCCAACAUCUUUGAUGACUUGUCACAAUCCUGGGGGAUUACUUGAACAUCUUGCAGGUUGUAAAGAUACCACUGAAAAAUCCAGCGUGCGCAUGUCGGUAUUUUUUCGCUUACGUAUAUCAAUGAAUACUAAAUGUUCAAAGUUUAAUACCGAUAACAAUUGUACAAAUGUCGAUAAAUGUUAUUACAUACAUCAUGUAUGCAAAAUCAUGCAUUUCUUUUCAGUCAGUGUUGCCAAUGUCUAAUCUGCAAUUGUUUUAAGCACUACUUGUAAUUGGUAAGUAUAAACGUUUUCACAGUGUGACAGAGCGUGAAUGUGGCAUGAUACCCGGACUGGUCCCCAACACCUUAGGGUUAAUAUACCCAAAAUAUUGCAUCAAUACAUUUGGUAGGGCCUGGAAAUGGAAGGAUUUGCCUUGUGAUAAAACUUUAUCAAAACAAUAGGUAGGCGUGCAUUAUUAUUAUUAUUAUUAUUAUUAAUAAUAAUAAUAAUAAUAAUAAUAAUUAUACCAUCAAUAGGAAUGCAAUAUAACAGUCAUGAGGCAUAUCCUUUCAUAUCCUGGCCUGAUAUUGUAGUAAACAAUUUACAUUUAGCAACAACCACUCCAACGCCACCAACGUGUGGCCCCAUGACAGAUGCCUCUCUGGGCGAGGACUGCUCCAACGCGCGAUGUGUGGCCGUCAACAGCUCGUGUGUGACGACGUCAGCCGGAAGCCGUAGAUGUGCCUGUGUUAACAAGAACGUGCAGAUAUCAGCUACAGAAUGCUCAUUGGGACCAAGUGUUCUGUCAAGAACCACAAACUACGACUUCAAAACAGAUCUAUCUAGAACGUCAGUAACUGUGGGAUCAAUCAUGUUUGAUGGGCUUAGUACAUUCCCCACAAAUGCCUUCUCCAUAGAAGGUCAAGUAUAUCCUGAUGAGGGGAUACUGGACCUCAUGAGAAACUCGAGUCACAUUGAUGUGGCACUGGUCAAGGAAAUAAGCAAUGCUAAAACAUUUGUGGUGGCGUUACGUGCAACUUCCGGUGAGUUCACUGUGCAGCAGGUUGUGACCGUCAGGAUCGAAUCCUCCUCCUUCACACCAGAAGACGUCACAGUUAUGCUAGUGGAGGGAACCAGGAAAGGCACGCUGAUAGCUGACGUGAGGACUAUUGGUAGUUUGGGAGGGUACAGCAACUUCGAAAUGGAGACCACAGAUCAGACAGCAAGGGCCCUGUUCAAUGUGACCACAUCGGGGCAGGUUCUCUGUGGGCAGGAUAUGAUUUUAAGUGACUUUACCAAUAACGACACAGUAGCUAAAGAAUAUAUAUUCAGUGUCAAAACGAGAGGACAGAGCGCAACAAUUGCAACAUUUUACAUACUGUUAUUUAAAGGAAGUUUUAUUACAAGAUUAGACGAGAACUGGGUGGGUGAUAUCUUGACCUACAGUUUAACGAGCUCUAAGUUCCAGGUCGACAUACAUGACACGCUCCCAGAUGGACUAAAAUUAACAAAGGACUUGACGAGCGUACGGCUGGUAAACGCAAUAGACUUCGAUGCUGGUAUCAAAAGUAUUGAUUUUAAACUUGAUCUGGUCACAACGAACAGAACAAAGUCAACUACAGUAGAUGUCCACAUCAACAUUGACGACCUCAACGACGAACCCCCGGAACUAAAAGAAAGGGUAUACCAGUUUACGGUACUUGCUGGAUCUAAGAGAGAUACUGUAGUCGGUGUUGUUGAUGUCACUGAUGGUGAUACGGUUGGAUGGAUAACAUUUCAUUUGGAAGGCGAAAAUAAAGACGACUUCAGCAUAAACGACGAUGGUGUUUUGACAUCAAAAGUGGAUUUAACAAGAGGCCGUUUCCCCUCCGCGAUCCCCCUCCGGGUCAAGGCUUAUGAUGGAGUAACCUACUCUGAUGAAGCCAACAUCACUGUCUAUCUCAUCUCCUACACCAUUAAUGCAGUCAACCUCAACAAGACAUUCCGUGGCAGAGUCAGUGAAAACAGUCCAGGAGCAUUUGUGGCCGAUGUCACAGUGUCAAACUAUACCGGUUACAAAUUUAGAAACCCUCGAGCUCACAGAUUCUUCAGCCUGGAUUCUACAUCUGGGAUCGUCACAACAGCGAUUGGUCUAGACCGAGAGAACGACGACCAGGCACACACUGAAUUCGCCAUUCAGGCUUACAUGGGUAGUGACGACCAAUGCUCACCUUUGACGAUUGGUCAACUCAUUACGAAUAUAACGGACUUGAACGACAAUGCGCCAGAAUUCUCCAGACCUUCUUACACAGGAAGAGUAAAAGAAAACUCCAUUCCAGGAACUCUGGUUGAUGAUUUGGUGGACAUAGCUGUUACCGACGAAGACGUUGGAGUGAAUGGUUUUGUAAACUUCGCUUUGACGGGACCUGGGAAGACCUAUUUUGCUGUUGAGAAAUCAAACCACAACAAAUUCACCAUAAAAACCAGUGGAACCCUGAUUGAUAGGGAAGUAACUCCAUACGUAGUCCUGACAUUAACUGGAACAGACAAUUCAUCUAAUCCUAACACAGGCACCACUACACUCAACAUCACAAUCAUGGACGUCAACGACAAUGCACCACAAUUUAACCGCGGGACGUCCGUACCUUUGGUGGAUGAAAACGUUGGACCAAAGACUAUCACUACGUUAACAGCUACAGACAAGGAUGAAGGCUUCAAUGCAAAGGUAUCAUACUCAUUGAUAGAUGGGGGAUUUGGUUUCUUCCAAGUUGACGAAAGUACUGGCGAAGUAUCGACAACCAAGGCUAUUGACAGAGAAAGCAUCCAAAUCUUCAACCUGUUAAUCGAAGCAAGGGACCAAGGAUCUCCUUCUCAAGAAUCCGUGUUGACAAUUACCGUCAAUAUUCGUGAUGUAAACGAUGAAAAACCUACAUUUACGAAGAACUCCUACAAAAGUCUUUAUACGGAAAAUAGCCCAUGUGACAGAAACAUCCUGACAAUGACAGCAACAGACCAGGACGUAGGAAGCAAUGCUCACAUCAGGUUCUCAACAUCAAGUUCCAACUUUACAGUCGAUCCAACCUCUGGCGCCAUUAGAUGUGUGAUGCCUCUUGACUAUGAAGAAAUGCAGCAACAUCUAAUAGAAAUAAAAGCAGAGAACCCAGGGUUUCCCACAAUGAAUGACACAGUUACAGUGGCUAUAAACGUUGAAGACGAAAAUGACAACCCUCCACGUUUUGAUAAACCCAACUAUCAGUCUGAGAUAACAACUUUUGAGUGGGUAACCAACAACCCUGUCGAUGUUUUUGAAGUCACGGACGAUGAUUCUGGAACGAAUGGCCUAUUUAUACUCUCCAUGAGCGGGGAGACGGACACAUUCUACAUUGAUGGAGACACUGUGGGUGUGUUACGCAUCAAAGAGGGCGCAAGUCAACCCGAUGCUUCCACAACAUAUAACUUUGACGUUACAGCUACAGAUAAAGGUUCUCCAUCGCUAAGUGUCACAGCCCCAGUAUCAGUUGAUGUAAAGAAAAUACAAGGCACUAGUACUGUACGGUUCAGUUCUAAAGACUUUGGGUUAAACUUUUCAAUUGUGGAGAACCGAUUAUAUACCACACCGUUCGGAAGAGCAAAUGCUUCUCAUGAUGCCAGCGUGUCAGUUCGCUAUACCUUAAUCCAUGGGGGUGAUUUCCGUAUUGAUCCAAGUAGUGGAGCGCUGACUUGCAGUAAACCACAAGAUCGUGAGGCAGCACCAAACCAUACCAUGAUCGUCCGCGCCAGAGGUCUCGCCACUAACGCCUCGGACCUGGCUGUUAUAACAAUAACUGUUGAAGAUGAAAAUGACAACGGACCUAGAUUUCUGACAAUACCCGAACAGCACGUGUUCAGUGUUAAGGAAAACUCUGCAGUGGACACGUUCAUUGCACGCAUCGUGGCACACGAUAAGGAUGCAGGUGACAAUGGAACAAUAACAUACAGCAUUGAGUUGCAGACACCUCGUACACAUUUCUCCAUACAUCCUGGAACCGGACGUAUCACUGUUUCGGGAGAUCUAGACAGAGAAGCUUUUGACGAAUACAGCUUAACAAUAAAGGCGGCAGACAAUGCUGAUGUUCCAAAAACAGCAACAACGCAGGCUCAGAUCCUUAUCUUGGAUAUCAACGACAAUCCCCCCACAUUCCAAACACCGAAUGCAGUAACAGUGAAGGAGGACAGAUCCUUGUUAACAUCAGUGGCGACAGUGACUGCGACUGACAGGGACUUGGCGCAGCAUGGUGUAGUUACCUAUUUUCCUGACACCGUAAUGGUGAACGGAACUGUCUGUCCAUUCAAAGUGUCAGUGGAGACUGGAGUCGUGAAAGUGAGCGGCGACCUCGACUAUGAGACGGCUUCAACAUAUGAAUGCAUUGUGACUGCUGUGGACAUGAAGAGAUGCAGCAAUUGCACAGGACGUCUCACAGGAUCGACAACUAUGUCCGUCACCAUCCUGGAUUUCAACGACAACCCGCCGGUGUUUCAGGGGACGCCGUACCGAGCCAACAUAUCAAGAGACGCUAACAUCAACACUCUCGUCACUGACGUCAUCACCGCAACUGACAGAGACAGCACCAUGGACGGCAAUGGAGUUGUUAAAUACCAUAUUUUAUCAAACAUAAACUACUUCAAGAUUGACCGUGACUCGGGGGACAUAUCCGUGGCUACGACCCUAGAUUCAGUGGAUGAGGAUGAGGUCACUCUGAGGAUCAAGGCAACAGAUUUACCUCAAGCAGACCCUGCUAUGGAAGCAAUCACAAACGUUACCAUUUCAAUCAGGACUGACAAACCAAGACCAUUCUUCAAAAAGGAAUACACUUUCAAGCUGACGGAGAACGAGAAGCCUGAUGAAGAUAAACGUGUUCCCAUUCGAGCUUAUGUCCGAAAGGAGAGUGACGAAUUUGCGUGUAACUGCACCUAUGAAAUACUAGUUACAGAUUAUUCGGAGAGUUUUUAUGUGGACAGUAUGACUGGCGACUUGAGACAAAAGGAUCCAAUUGACCGCGAAGAAACAGGCAGCCACUUUUAUGUGACAGUGAAGGCGACUGACGGUGGCAGUGGUCUUCAUAGGACAAAACAAGUUGCAAUAAUUGUGGCGGAUGUUAACGAUAACUUCCCCUACUUCUUAAAAACACAGCAGAACUUCGCCGUACGUCAGAGUGCUCCAGCUGGGCAUGUGAUCGGGAGAGUGAUGUCGGUAGACGCUGAUGAACUCAGUCGACCCAUAUACACAGACGUAACUGAUGUUGAGGGAAUCGAACUGCUGGGUGAUGGAACUCUGGUAGUGAGGGCUUCUCUGCUUAACUACACCUACGUUCGUAUGGUUGUCAAUGUGAAAGAGGAUGACUUUAAAGGAACAUUCAACGUAUCAGCAAGUACCAAUGCGAAUGUCUAUAUAAACGUCCGACCCGACUACAAUGAUCAUGCUCCAACAUUUGGAAAAGAUACCUAUGAAGCCUCAUUGAUGUUUUUAUCUCGAAAAGGCACAGAGGUUAAAAUUAACAACUUCCGAGCAACGGAUGCGGAUGGCCACAGCGUUACAUACGCCAUACAAAGGGGAAAUCAUAGGGAUACAUUCAAGAUCGACAGCCAUUCGGGGAAGAUAUAUGUGCAGUAUACAUUGGACGACACAGUACCCCGAGUCCUUGAGUUAGUAGUAAUCGCCACCGAUUCAAGCCGUUAUCGGAGGACUGGAUCAUGUGCCGUUAUUAUAUCCUUAAGGGACUUUACCGCUACUGAAUGUAUAGCUGAAAACGCAUAUUCAGAGCUGCAACAGAGCGCACAACAGAGAGUAUUAUUCCUUGGGCUAUUCAUAGCUAUGGCAGUCCUACUUGCGGUGAUCAGCCUUAUUGCAGUAUUUGCUGUAUACAAGUGGAGGACGUUACCACAUGCAAGACAAAGUACGGACGCUCAGGAAACAGCUCCGGAGAUGCCAGUACCAACCGAAUAUGACCUACUUGCUGCAAAUAUGACUGAAGAAGAAAGAUCUUACUACAUACUCAGGGACAGAGAUACGCCAACCGGUGUUCCAAAUGAUGCAUAUGUGUCUGCAAGUUCAAGGCCAACAUCCUACAUAUAUCCAGUAGAGGGCAGUCCUAACUAAGUCCUAACCUAAUGAUGCUGAUGCUGACGCCAUUGAGCUGCAUGCAUGAAGAACUCCUCAUCCACUCUCGGUCCUGGCGAGACAAUAUAAUCAUUGUCAGGAAAUGCCCGUCUUCAGUAGUGUCUUAUUUAGAAAUUGAAACAAAUAUGAAUCACCGAACUACACCCAACCAAUUAUCUUAUUAAUCGUUCAGCCAGAUGUGUUCAAUAUAUAUUGUUACGAAGCAACAGAACAGUUGUCAUCGUGUGCCUUAUCGGUACAUUAUUUGAAUACAAGUAGUUGAAAUGUACGUGCGGACAUGGUAAAUAUCAUGUGCAAGUCUAAGAAAAAUAUUGCUAUUCGGUUGUUCAUAAACUAUACACACUUGUGAAUAUAUUUUAACAUACAUUGAAUUACUAUUUUGUACUCAUGGACCUUUAUCCAUUGCUUUGAAAGUGUGAACUGCUUUCAUUAUUAUUUUCAAAUGUAUAACAUAUAGUAUAAAUUUUGUCAACCCUUUAACAUACAAACAUAUAUCACUAUCAGUUUUCCAUGUAAACAUAUGACGAAUAAAUGCUUGUUUGGUUAUUAAUA